UUAGUGUUGUUUGUCUGGGCGUCUGCUUGCAAAGGAAUGUUCAAUGUGUUGCGCGCGUGAGCUUCUUACGCACAGAAGCGGAAGUAAUCUUUCCUUGUGCAAAAUGGAUGUUUCAUUCUUCUUCACUGUGACAUAGUUCUUUCUGAUUGUCAAUUGCUGAAGUCUGCAAACUUGGAACGUGAAUUAGAUUAUUUCGCAAAUUCAAUCUGGUUGGAUACGACGGUUAAUUAAUGUUGGUCUAGCUAAGUAGUUGCGUGUCAAUGAGUUGUCUUUUGGCACAUGCCGUUUUACCUGCAGAGCUUUAGACUGCUCGUACAGGGUGGUGUAUCCACCUCACCAGUGAAGGAAGUGUACAUUGCUGUCAAUGAUACACUUGAACUAAACUGUUCUAUCAAUGCAACAAUUCAUAAUAUUCACCCAACACAGCUGGGAUGGAAACAUCAUGGACUGAUACUUAUUAACUUCACAUGUAUACUCAAUAACAACACAAUUCAACUGAGGAAAAACCACACUCAGUAUGACGAUGCAGGAGUUUAUGAAUGUGGAUUGUUCAAUUCUGCAAAGUUUCAGUCUGUACAGAAAAUUGUGGUCGUGGUUGGAGAAAAGCCCCAAAGUAUUAGUAGACAGCAAUUUAAUGUAGCAGUCUAUGGAUUUCCAGUGCAGGAAGUAAUUGUUAAAUGGCCAACACUGCAAGCAAAUGUGACAAAUGAACUCUUUGUUGGUCGAGUUCCUGCUGACGAUCCUUUUGAUUGUGUAUUCAAUAGUACUGCACAAUACAGAAGAACCCCAGAGUUUCAGAAUGAAAUGCUGUCAUGCCAUAUUGGAACAGAUGUCCUUGGAAAGUUGUUUCAAGGGGAUGAGCUGUGGGAUCAUUGCAGUAACCCUUUUUAUACGUGUUCCGUACUAUGUGUCAAGGUGGUAGUUAAGAAUUCAUUUGGUGUAAGUGAGAGUGACCCAGCACGUUGGAAUUUGGUACACGAGACACUUUGUCCCCCUCUUCGCAAUCUGACUGUGUCAUUUGGUGAACAUCAUUUUACCGCCAGUUGGCAGUGUCAACAAGUAGAAAUGCGUGUGGAUUAUGAUGUUACAUAUGUCAUAACACCAGUGCUGACAGGAGAGACAUCACCUCUCCAAACGUUUAAGGCCCGUGCUAAGAACUGUACUGAAUAUGUUUUUCGGAGCACACAUGCAAUUAUACCAUUUGCAUGGUAUAAUUUUACAGCAACUUGUAGCAUGCGAUUUCAAAAGGGCCCUGCUGUUCAUACUGAAGUAAAAAGCAAAGAAGCUGCACCCAGUGAAGCUCCCCCUUCAUGUGAAGUGAAGAACAGGUCAAGACAUAAAGCUUCUGUAUACUGGAAGUUGCCACCAAUUAGUACUUGGAAUGGCAAACCCAACAAGUUCUUGGUUUACUAUGGUGAUCAAAGGGUAGCUGUCAACACAUCCCUGGCUGAAUUACUAACACUUCCUGACAGAUCGCCGGCUCCAGUCAAGUUAAAAAAUCUUGAUCCAGGCAAAAAUUACACCGUAAGCGUGGCCAUGUGCACUGCAGGCGGUUGUGGAAACAUGAGCGAGCCAUGCUUCAUUCUCGAGAACAAUGAAGACGACUCUGAUACAAUAGUUGCCAGUGUUGCCAGUCCUGACCGUACAGGUAUGAUAACUGGGCUAGUCAUCGCUAUUGGAGCAGUAGCGGGACUCCUUCUUGGGGUUUUAAUAUGGCGAAAAAGGUAAUGUAUGUUCUCUCAGUCAGUCAGUCAGUCAGUCAGUCAGUCAGUCCUUAGUCAGUCAGUCAGUCAGACACAGACA